AUCGACGGAAACGUCAAGUUUUCCUUCCCUCCUUCGUUGUGAACCAGAAUGAAUGCUUUGCGUUUUCGACGGAUAACAACUGCAGGAGUGAAGAUUGCUGCGGCCUCUUUAAGACAGCUGAGCAAAGCAACUGGCCAGAAAGGAGGAGGGAGGUGGGAGAGGGAGGAGUGGCGGAGGACCGAAUGGCAGCUUUUACGCAGAGGGGUGUCUCACCUGCUGAAACGCUCUUCACAUUCAACACAACAGGGCUCCAGCCUAAUUAAUGUCUACGCCGCGAGGUCAGCGCUCGGCUUUCGCUUGAUUCCGUUUAUUUCCUGUUAUUGUUUUCUUUCCCGUUUUCCCGUUUUGAUAGCCCGGUUGUCCUGACAUGCCUCCUGCGUGUGGAUUGUCUGUGCCACAGUAGGCGAACAAAGCGCAUCAAGUCUCUCCAGAGAGCUGCCGCCGCUCUCAAAAAGGAUUUGAAUGUCUAAGUAGACUUCUCGGGAUAACCUUGGAGCUGCCGCUGGUUUUUCUGCCUCGAAAUGUUGAAUUGGAUAGAAAACUAUUAAAGAUGGUCAGACUGACUUGUUGUCAGGGUCCAUCCAAUAGGCUCACAUUUUAGGAAAUACUCGAUUCUAGACCAAAAUAAUGCCACGCUUUUGGAAAGCGUUGGACACGUUAUUGGUUUCCUUGGAGUAGAUAUUGUCAAUGCCUGAAGGUGAUAUACCAGUCCGGUUCUGCAGCAUCCAAGCAAGCAUUUCUUUUCCGUGAUCCACUAUACGCAGACUCUAGCAGAACAUCCAGCAGAACAGCAGCAAACGCAGAAGCAUGGAGCAUACUGGGAUCGAGGAGGUGAACCAGACGCACCAGCAGCAGCAUGAACCCAUAAGUUUCGGCAUCGACCAGAUCCUCAACAACUCGGACCAGUCCAGCGGGUGCAUGCUUCCCAACCGGACCCCGGACCCGGAUUACGCUCUGGCCUCAAAUGUCUACAGUAACAGCUACAACAGUGUCUACAACCCGGCCUGCUCCAUGGCGGCCGCCGGGCUGGCCGGCUCCUAUAAUGUCAACAUGAACAUGAACGUCAGUAUGAACAUGAACGUCAACGUCAACUCCGGGGGUGCCGGUGGGGUGAUCCGGGUUCCCGCGCACAGACCCAUGCCGCCUCCUCCAGCGCCCGCCGCUGCGGCUCCUCACCCGCCUCCUCCGACUCAUCCAGCGGGAAUCGGCUCCAGCAUCCCUUCGGUGGCCGGGAUGGGGAUGGGAAACGGGGCAAACUUCACCUUCCCGUGGAUGGAGAGCAGCAGGAGGUUUGCCAAAGACAGACUAACAGGGGAGCAGGCAGAGGAGAGCCGAGCUGGGGAGGCCACAUCGGGGCCAGAGGCUCUCUGUCCCCUCCCCAAGGGAGACAUCGGCAGGGUCCCUGUCUGGAGCACGGUGGAGACAUUAGCCAAAUGUUAUUACCCUGAGCUCACUCACCUGCGAGACGGCAAUGGCCUUCUGGCAGAAUUCCCUUUUUCCAAGGGAGCUUGCCCAGCUGCCCUCUCACCUUUCUCUGUGACCCGUCGGAUUGGCCAUCCGUACCAGAACCGUACACCACCCAAAAGAAAAAAGCCUCGCACCUCCUUCAGCCGAGUGCAGAUUUGCGAGCUGGAGAAACGUUUUCAUCGGCAGAAAUACUUGGCAUCAGCUGAGCGGGCGACCUUGGCAAAGGCUCUGAAGAUGACAGAUGCACAAGUGAAGACUUGGUUUCAGAACAGGCGGACAAAAUGGCGGAGACAGACUGCAGAGGAGAGGGAGGCCGAGAGGCAGCAAGCAAACCGCUUGAUGCUGCAGCUUCAACAGGAAGCUUUCCAAAAGACGUUGAGCCAGCCACUGCAGCCGGACCCACUCUGCCUGCACAAUUCCUCCCUGUACGCCCUGCAGAACCUGCAGCCAUGGGCAGAAGACAAUAAGCUGUCGGUCUAAAAGAGAAGAGGGCACUGAUCCCUAAGUGCCCGACAACAAAGGGACACCUCUGUACAUGCCCAACUCUCAAGACUGCCCCACCUCCCCUCCCCACCCUCUUUUCUUCUGGAUCCCUUACAAGGUGGCAGAGACUCUGUCAGUCAUAGCAAAGUAAAAGAACUCUCGUUUUUUGAUUUUAACUUUGUACAAUGUAGUAAAUGCAUGUUUCAAUCCUUUUCUGUGUGCACUUGAAAGUAUUGUUGGAGUUGGCUGUCGAGGUGGGUCUCCUCCUGACUGCAGGGUGCAGAUGCUGAUGGAUUGAUCUAAACCAUGGAUUACCCAUGAUGUUACAUCCAAAAGUGUUUUAUAUUAAACUUUAUUGUCAUUUUUUGAAAAGUUGAAAGAAACUCUUUUCCUUGAAUCAUAUAAUCUCCACUGGGCUUCCUUCACAUUCACUUCCUUCAUUAAAACACUUUAUGAUAUUAUCGAGUGGACCUAAGAUUUACCUGCAGUUAUUCUAUCCACUUAGAGGCUACACGACUGUAUCAGAAGCAUAAAAUAGUUUUUAUCGAUAGAUGAGACAUCUACAUUUUGAAAUACAGCAAGACUCCUGUGGGGUAAGUAACCUUUAUAAACAAUGCAAGUGCAAAAUUUAAAGAAGAGGACCCAGUACAGCUGGUGACUUUCUCAGAUAAAUGUUUGAAACACAACUGUCUAGUAGUUGCUUGUAACAUUUUCUUCAUACUUUUCUUUGCAUUUGUUUAAUGGCUAAAAAAGAAAGGCAAGAAACAAGUAUUUAUUUCCAUCUGUGACUGACAUGAAGGAGCCACUGUUAUAAAAGAGAAGCUGAAAUG